UCCCAGAGGGCAGCGCGGCUGCAGUCGCGGACGCUUCAGUUCCCAGGAUUUCUUGGGCCUUCGGGCGGAUGCGGUCGGACCCGACGACGGCGGGAGGCCGGCCUGGAGGUUGAGGGAACGUGCACCGUGGGACCUGUAGUCGGCGCGGCUGACUCUCCCCACCUCCUCCUCCUACCCGCCAUGAAGGACUCGCUGGUGCUGCUGGGCCGUGUCCCUGCACACCCGGACUCCCGCUGCUGGUUCCUUGCCUGGAACCCCGCGGGAACCCUGCUGGCCUCUUGCGGUGGUGACCGUAGAGUCCGCAUCUGGGGCGCGGAGGGUGACAGCUGGGUCUGCAAAUCUGUCCUUUCUGAAGGCCACCAGCGCACUGUGAGGAAGGUGGCCUGGUCUCCCUGUGGCAAUUACCUGGCCUCUGCCAGCUUUGAUGCUACCACUUGCAUUUGGAAGAAGAACCAGGAUGACUUUGAGUGUGUAACCACCCUGGAGGGCCAUGAAAAUGAGGUUAAGUCAGUGGCCUGGGCCCCAUCUGGCAACCUACUUGCCACCUGCAGCCGAGAUAAGAGUGUGUGGGUCUGGGAAGUUGAUGAAGAAGAUGAAUAUGAAUGUGUCAGUGUCCUCAACUCCCAUACACAGGAUGUCAAGCAUGUGGUUUGGCACCCGAGCCAGGAGCUGCUGGCCUCUGCCAGCUAUGACGACACAGUGAAGCUUUACCGGGAGGAAGAGGAUGACUGGGUAUGCUGUGCCACCCUUGAGGGCCAUGAAUCCACUGUGUGGAGCUUGGCAUUUGACCCCAGUGGCCAGCGCCUGGCAUCUUGCAGUGAUGACCGUACUGUGCGCAUCUGGCAUCAGUAUCUGCCAGGCAACGAGCAAGGGAUGGCAUGCAGCGGCUCUGACCCCAGCUGGAAGUGUAUCUGCACUUUGUCAGGCUUCCACUCCAGGACCAUUUACGACAUCGCUUGGUGUCAGUUGACAGGGGCCCUAGCUACAGCUUGUGGGGAUGAUGCCAUCCGGGUGUUUGAGGAAGAUCCCAGCUCAGAUCUGCAGCAGCCCACCUUCUCCCUGACAGCCCACUUGCCUCAGGCUCAUUCCCAGGACGUCAACUGUGUAGCCUGGAGCCCCAAGGAGCGGGGGCUCCUGGCCUCCUGCAGUGAUGAUGGGGAGGUGGCCUUCUGGAAGUACCAGCAGCCUGAAGGCCUGUGAACCAUCUCGACCUUGGACAGAAGCAUGGUUCCCAAAAAAAUGUCAUUAAGACUUUCCUAGCCCCCGAGUGGACUUGAGCAUUGUUGGGUUGGCCUUUAACUUGGCUCUCUUCCAUUGACUUGGGUAGACAUGCAGAGCCACAGAACUUCUCACUCUUUCCCCCGUUUUGACGUGGGGUCCUUGGUAAAGAUCCACAGAACAUCAGUACAUUGUAGGUGUGCCACAGAUUUUGCUUGCUUUAGGGCACUCUGUUAAGAUUUUGGGAGGUGAAUAUAUUACUUAUAACCACUGUAUCGAUGUGUAGGAGGGCUGUAUCUCAGACCUUUCUGAAAUUGUAAACUUGAUAAAAAUAACCUGAGUCCCAAGUCCAAUUUUGUGUUAUAAGGACAUUCACAAUAUAAAGAAUUCCAUGGUGAGUCUUUUUCUGAAAUAGGUUUUGCCUUCCCAAUUUCUGGGUCAUUCGUUGCAUUUAAGACAUGAAUCAAUUAAUGUUGAUAAUUUUUUAACAUAGGCUUUUUUAGAGUUAAGAGAUACCUCUGCUUUCCCUUAGAAAUCCUCAUGUAUCUUCUGUGCUAUGAUGGUAACCAGGGAAUGCUGAAAAAUAAGUGGGGGACAUGAACUCUAAAAAAUCAUUAUUGGCCAUAGGCCAUACAUUUUCAGUGGGGCUAAAAAUUGGUUCUUGGGUGGGGGACAAAAUUUUAAGAGACAAUAGUUUGUGGCCCUCUAAAGGACUAUAGUAUGACAAUCCACAGUAUGUAGUAUUAAGUUUUUAUUGUAGGGGCAAGUAGGAAAAAGAUGUCUUGUAAGGCCCCAUAGGGGAGCAGUAAUGAGAGAAGGUAGAGCCUCACUGCCUUAAGGCAAUCAGUUCUUCAGUCUCCCUCAAGUUCUCGUGAGUCACUUACAAAUGCAUUUCAACUUGACUGCCCCCAAAGAUUUAGCUUCACUUAGUUUUUUACACCACAGAGAUCAUGGCCUUAGAUUUUGAAGACAUCCGAAUGUGGUUAAAGUGCAGUCUGUAGAGCCCAGAAGCCCCAAGAGCCUUUUAGGGGAAUCUGAGAGGUCAGUUGGCACCUUGGCAGGAAUCAAGGCAGUGGCACUAAAUACUAGUAGUCUUCACUGCCUUGUUCCCUUGGUAAAAACAUUGCCAGCUUUUUUAGAAAUGUCCUUGAUAGAACCAGUAAAAAUUAAUUGUACUAAGUCUUGACUUUGAGAACACUGCUAAUACUCUGACAAUAGGAAGCAUGCAUAGAGCACUUCUGCUUAAAGCACACUGCAGUAUUGCUGUCUUGAAACAGUUGUGUAAUUGAGUUGUAAGCUGAACUGUGUUCCUCAUGGUAUACCAUUUCUACUUGAAAGAACUGACAAAUGGUAGACUUGGCUGUUUGGCAGACAUUUUCUGGGAAAUGAAUGGAACAAGCCUUUCACUAAAAGGGAAACUGAUAGUGUUGCCAAUGAUAAAAUAAAGCUUUCAAGCAAAAAUUAGAAUUUUUGAAAACC